AUGUUCCACCAACUCUUUUUUGUUUUCCUGAUUAUCGCAUCGUUCAUCGGAUCCAAUGAGGCUGAAAAGAGGGUCUUCUACGAUGGAGGCGAUGAUGACCGCAUCGUCGUGAAACCAGACGCCCCACUUCGUCUUCGUACUCGUCGUCCGAUUCAGUUCUAUCCAGAAGGACGUCGUCCGGAGAGACUUCAACGAAAGAGAUACGAGUGGCGCACUAUCUAA